AUUCCACCCACCCACCCCCUGCUGUGUCUUUUAAAGAAGAAGAAUAUAAGAAAACUGGUCAGUACUUCUUGUCAUCUGACCAUGUGGGACAACAGAGGCUUGAAGAAUCACAAUAUCAUGGACCUCAGAGUGACUCUAAGAUUACCUAGAUCAGCAAUUUGCCCGAAGCCAAGGUCCUGCGAGCACAUACGAAAGGCACACCCAACAUACACUGGAAACAAAUGAAAGGUGUGAAGUCAGGUCAAAAACACCCACUCCCUUGCCCACACCCAAGCCUACAGGACCAGGGAAAAGGGUGUAGGGGAAAUGUAGGCUCAUGUACUGUGCAAGCACACACCCCAGGUCCCAGCUGAAAAAAAUGAUUGGGGUCGGGGGAAAGCUACACACACCCUGUAAAACAGCCAAAGCGGGUGGGCGAAAGUGCAUAUGAAGGGGAGUGUGGCAAAGGGGAAGCAAAUCUCCGCCCAGAAUAAUGACUAAGGAAACAGGUGUGGGAAAUAUAUUUAUGCACAUGCAGCGUCCAGAGGGUUGGCAGCACUCAUGCCCUGGCCCUUGCCAAAUACUGUGCCAAAUUCUCCCACCCAUAUGCCACAUCUGAGCCAAGAAUACUGCCCACAACAUUCACACGCCUAUGAUAGCAUGCAUACAGACUGAGUGCAGACAACACACUGUUUUUCCUUAGCUUGCAAUUGCAAUUGCUUUUGCUUUUCCUGAAUAGUGGGGAUCUAACUGGAGCAUAUGGCUCCUGAUUUCUAUGACUCCUAUAAUAUCUGUUCUUUGGCCAUGUUGGCUGGGCCUGAUGGAAAUCUGAGUCCAACAACGUAGGGAGGGCCUUCCCAACUCCUCCUAUAGACAUUAGCCAUCAUGGAGUGGUAGUUCAAAACAUCUGGAAGGCAACAGGUUAGGGAAGGCUUCAUUAGGCUGUCCCUAAGGCUGUCCCCCAAGGUAUCUACCCUAUUUUGAUCUUUACUAUUGCAUUUCUUGCAUUCAGUUUUACAGUUUUUGUAAAUCGCUUCAAGAAUCUUGCCAAUCUGCACAUAUAUUCAUAGCAUAGGCACAACUACAGUGGCUGGUUAAAAUGUUGGCAACCUUAGCAGCAUGCCACAAAGCUGAAUCCUGCACAUGGUAGUGGAGGAAUACAACCAGCUCUGAGGAGCCAGACUAUGCAGGCUUUUCACAUAGCUUCCCUCAAGGCCAAAUGAUUCUGCCUGUAGGCCUCAUUGUUUGAUGACAGCAAAGCCAUCAAAUGUCAAAAACCGCACACCCCAACUUCUGAUUUUCUAAAUCUAUCCCCUCCCCACCUCUGUUUAACAGCCUGGGGCUUCCUGCUCCUGCUAGUUCAGAUGUCUUAUUAGCCUGUCUGCCCCACUCCCUGCUCCUGCGCCCUCCCCGGUUCUUGGGAGAGGCCCUGCUUCCCAGUCAGUUUCCUGCCCCCCCACCUCUCUUUCCUGCCCCACCUCCUGUGUGUGAAUGACCAGAGGCACGGGAAAUCCGUGCGCAGUCAUCGCUGGACUUAAGUCACACACAGCACACUCAGGAACGCCAGAGCUGAGAGUGGCCACCAUACCCCAGUGGAAGAUGCAGCCUGGCCUGCUGGAUGCGUGAGAGUGGGAGACAGUGGGAGACUGCAGCACCUGGGGACACUCUGUGGAACAGGCUCUAGGUCCCUGUGACCAUGUUCUCGGAUGAGCGGAAAGACGGGAGCCCCCGCUUUGGGAAGCUUCACUUUCCUGUUGGCCUUUGGAUCAACUCCCCAAAGAAACAUUUUGCCAAGCUGGGACGCAGGUGGCCUAGCGUGGGGUCCGUCAAAUCGACAUCCUCGGAUACAGCCAGCCGUGGAAGUGAGCCUGUGGAGAUGCGCCCGGCCACCAAGAAUAAGGCCAGUCGACACAAGAGGAUUUCAGCGCUCUUCCAGCGGGGUGGGACUGGCGUGCCCACCAGCGGAGGAAGAGGUCGCUGGGCCAGUGAGAAGAAACUGGCCGAUCUCAUUGAUCCACUGCCCGAAGACCGAGUUGAGCCCCCGUCGCAGGGAGAAGUGCCAGGGAUCCUGAAAAUCUAUGGAGGCGACAUCUCCACAGGUGCCAACUACAAGAGUGUGCUGGCCACAGCGCGCUCCACUGCCCGGCAGCUGGUGCAGGAAGCGCUUGAGCGCUACGGCGUGGCACAGGCCAAUGCCGAAGAUGCGUAUGUCUUAUGCGACGUGGUUGGCAAUGUCCAUGGCACAGAUGGCUCCUGGCAGGCCCAGUAUCUCCGUGCAGUAGGCGAUUCUGAACGCCCGCUCGUGCUGCAGGAUGUGUGGAAACCCAAGACCGGCUGCACACGCCGUUUUGAGAUUCGCCGACGAUGUGAUGUGGAGAGGAUGGCAGAAGGCGAAGAUGGCGAUGGGUCUGGUAUCUCCCAGGCCCGUCGGCAGCAAUCUCGCCGUUCUCGGGCCGCCUCAGGAGGCCAUGUGGCCCCCAAAGAAAGGGCGGACAACCUUUCCCUCCGUCGCAGCAUCAGCGAGAUGAAUCUCAGCACAAAACGCCGCAGGGACCGCAAAGGAGUGCUGAGCAUGGCGGUUGGGGAACCACAGGAAGCGGCUGAGGAGUCACGACUGAAGGCAGCCGAGGGGGCCGAGGGCACAUCGACUCCUCCAGCAUCUGAAGCAGAGGCCAUGGAUGUGGCCAACUUGGAGCAGCUCUCCCAGUGCCUCAUACAACCACCAACAGAGCACCCCUAUUUCCUACAGUUGUUGGGCUACAAUGAAAAGCAGGAGUUUGUAAUCCACGUGAUGACACGCCGCCGACACAUUUUCGGCCGCCCUGAGCGCUGCCCAGCUCCAGACCAAUCCAACUAUGUGGACACGUUCCUGAACGCUCCAGACAUCCUCCCGCGCCACUGCUGUGUUGUGUCUUCGGUGCCCCCCGCAGACCCCAGCCAGCCCCGGGGCUCGGCCAUGGUGCGGCCCUUCCGGGGAGCGUUGAUAACCCACAACGGUGCCCCACUCCAUCGCCAGGUGGAGCUGGCUCCCGGAGACUUGCUGGGAAUGGGGCAGCACUUCCUCUUCAUGUACAAGGACCCGCGAGCUGCAGCUGUGCCGCCGGCCUGGCUGCCCAAGGCCUGGGUGUCCCCAGGGUUGGUGGGGGCCUUGGCGUGCCAGGCCUGCGGCCGUUCCCUGCAGGAGCGCCAGGAAGCUUUCCGGGCCUACCUCAAGAGCCGAGAACCUCAGCUGCGCUACCGGCCCCAGGAGCAGGAGGCCCUCUUGGCUGAGAUUGUGAGGCUGCAGGAGGCGCCAAACUGCAGGUUGGGCCCUGCCUUCCUCUUUGGGCUCUGCCUGGAGCACGCCGCCCGGGAGCUGGAGCCAGGACACCUUCCCAGGUUGAUAGCCAGAAUCGCUCAGCUGGUCAAGGAGGCUGUUUGGGAGAAGAUAAAAGAGAUUGGAGAUAGACAGCCGGAAAACCAGCAGGACAAAGGAGAAUUGGGAAAUCUCAGCAUCGAGGAAGUGGCUGCCGACUUGCGCCCCCUGAUGCUCUGGAUGGCCAACGCGAUGGAGCUGCUCAGCCUCGUGCAGAAAAGAGUCCUGGACAUUGAGAAGGACCUGGACUUGGAGGGAGCUUCCCACAAUGCAUUGCUCUCCAGUGACCUGGAGACGUGUGAUGAGGCAAUGGCUGUCUUGGACGAAGUCAUCAUGUCCACAUUUCAGCAGUCUGUGUACUACCUCACUAAGACUCUCUACUCGGCUCUUCCUGCCUUGCUAGACAGUAACCCCUUCACGGCCACAGCUGACCUGUCCCACGUGCCGGAGCUCAGCAGCAUGCCAGAAGGAAUCCAGGGGACCCUUGCCAUCUACCAGGCCACGCUCGAGUUGACCCGUGACUGUGACCUGCACCCAGACCUUGUCUCGCAGACCUUUGGAUAUCUCUUUUUCUUCUCCAAUGCCUCGCUCUUUAACACUCUCAUGGAGAGAGGCAGUUCCCACCAGUCCUUAUUCCAGUGGGCCAAGGCGGUGCAGAUCCGAACCAACCUGGACCUGGUGCUGGACUGGCUACAAGGGGUGGGCCUGGGGGACAUUGCAGCUGAAUUCUUCCGCAAGCUCAGCACCACGGCCAACUUACUGUGUGUGCCCAAAACCAGCUUGCUUCAGACAUCCUGGUCUCGCCUGAGAAAUGACUAUCCAGCACUGACCCCAGCUCAGCUCCAGCACGUGCUCACAAAUUACCAGCUGGGACCUGGGCGAGUGUCUCCUGAAUGCUGGAGCCCACCUGAAAAGGAAAGAGACGAGAUUGCACACAGUGACAUAUUUGAGAGUUUCACAGACCACCCGCCCCUGAUCCUUCCAUGUGACGGUUUCCGCUUGCGCCUCUCAGAGCCUGUGUCAGACGACACCCUCCAUCGCCAACUCACACGCCUGCGACGUUUCCUCUGGGAGCUGGAGCGUGAAUCUCUUCCAGCCAACCAAAGGGCAGUGUACGGGCUGGAUCCCAGCCAAUGAGAAGCAGGGCACACACCACCACAAUGAUCAAAUGGCUCCUGUACCCCUGGAAACCCUUGCCAGUGGACAGACAGAAACCCCAAACUGAUUUCGGAAGGGUGGAAUCAUCCGAAUCAGUUAUUGCUUGUCUGAAUACAGGAUUGUCCUGAAGGUCAAAGGUCAUUGUGACAUCUCAGGCUUUCAGUUGCAGCCUCGUACCCACUGCCGGAACCUGGCGGCAGACACUGAUCUCAAGGACCAGAAGCCCAGAAACUUCUCUGAGAGAUCAAAGCUUCUCCCUGACCCAAACUUCGCUGUUACUUUUCGGCCCUGUGAAAAGCAUAUAUUGUUUAUAGCAAAAGCUAUGUAGUGCUUUUUCCUCAAAUGCAAUAAAAUUAUUAACUUGUGA